CUCGCUCUUGGGACGUGCCAGCCAGCAGAAAGCAGCUCCAUGAGAGCCACGGAGGAUCUCACAGCCGCAGUCUAAUAGUAACGCAGAGACUUCAGCAGUGGCCACCAUGGGUUCUGUGAAUUCCAGAGGUCACAAGGCGGAAGCCCAGGUGGUGAUGAUGGGCCUGGACUUGGCAGGCAAGACCACGCUCCUUUACAAGCUGAAGGGCCACCAGCUAGUGGAGACCCUGCCCACUGUUGGAUUCAACGUGGAGCCUCUGGAAGCUCCUGGGCACAUAUCACUGACUCUCUGGGACGUUGGGGGGCAGGCCCCACUCAGGACCAGCUGGAAGGACUAUCUGGAAGGUGUAGAUAUCCUUGUGUAUGUGCUGGACAGCACAGAUGAAGCCCGCUUACCCGAGUCAGCAGCUGAGCUGGCAGAAGUUGUGAAUGACCCCAACAUGGCUGGUGUUCCCUUCUUGGUGCUGGCCAACAAGCAGGAGGCACAUGAUGCACUUCCAUUGCUUGAGAUCAGAAACAGGCUGAGUCUAGAGAGAUUCCAGGACCACUGCUGGGAGCUACGGGGCUGCAGUGCCCUCACUGGGGUGGGGCUGCCCGAGGCCCUGAAGAGCCUGCACAGCCUCCUGAAAUCUCGCAGCUGCCUGUGUCUCCAAGGAAGAGCCGGUGGGGCUAAGUGCCAACACAACAAGAGAUCUUGACCUGGACAGAGCUGCAUAUCUUUGCUCAUACAAACUGAAAACACCAGCUGAUUCCUUGAGAAACUUAUGCUCAGUCUAUCAAACAAGGAAUGCUGGCUUCGCCUGUAAUCCCAGCACUUUGGGAGGCCACGGGGGGAGAACCCCUUGAGCACAGAAAUUGGAGAGCAACAUUACAAGACCCCAUUUCUACUACUAAUUAAAACAUUAGCCAGGCAUGGUGGCAUGUGCCUCUAGUCCCAGGUACUUGGGAGGCUGAGGGAGGAGAAUCGCUUGAGCCUGGGAUGUGGAAGUUGUGGUGACCCAGAUCGCACCACUACACUCCAGUCUGGGCGACAGAGUGAGACACUGUCUCAAUAAUAAUAAUAAUAUUCUAAGAAAAAAAUCUCAGCACACUUCAUUUAAUAGCUCAUUACCAAGUGUGAAUGAAGCAACAUGUCAUAAUAGAAUGGCCUCUGGUUGCAGAGAUCUAAAUUCACAAAUAGGGAAAGAGGUUUUAAAAUCAAAUUUGAGGCCAGAUGCGGUGGCUCUUGCCUGUAAUCCCAGCACUUUGGGAGGCCAAGGCAGGUAGAUCACUUGAGGCCAGGAGUUCACCAGCCUGGCCAACAUGGUGAAACCCCAUCUCUACUGAAAAUGCAAAAAUUAGACAGGCGGUGGUACAGGCCUGCAGUCCCAGCUACUCAGGAGGCUGAGGCAGGAGAAUUGCUUGAACCCAGGAAGUGGAGGUUGCAGUGAACUGAGAUCACGCCACUGUACUCCAGCCUGGUGACAGAGUGAGACUCUGUCUC